UUACAUAUCAUUUGCGACCAAUCAAUCAGUUUAUGAUAUAUACUGUGAUAACAGAAUCAGUCAAUCAAUUAAAUCAAUUAAUUAAUCAAUCGCUUCACCCAAUCAUAUGAGCCUUUGAGAGAAGUCAUGCCAUUAGAGAGUAAUGUGUUGAUCGGCGCCGGCAUUGCCUUCGGACUACUCGUCGUGGCCUUCAAUUCGGCCAUUCAUAAGAUCGAAGAGGGUCAUGUGGGCGUGUAUUACAGGGGCGGCGCCCUAUUGGACACGACGUCUAACCCGGGCUUUCACAUGAUGUUCCCGGUGUUGACCACUUUCCGCUCGAUUCAGGUGACCCUUCAGACGGACGAAGUGAAGAACGUUCCGUGCGGUACGAGUGGUGGUGUUAUGAUCUACUUUGACCGCAUCGAAGUGGUCAAUAUAUUACGCUCGGGCGCUGUG